UUCACGCGAACACUAUUUGCUACAGUGGCAGAAUAUUUCACAUGAACAGCCAUUUCCAAUGAUUACUAAAUACAUUAUGCCCAUUUACCGAUCCAAAUAUAAAAAAAAUAAAAAAAAAACUAUAGCGCUGGUCGGACUGGGACGGGAAAUGCAAAAUCCCAGGAAAGAAAUGGUUGCUCAGCUGCACAACUUCUGCGCUCUGGGCGAUACUACUAAGCUGUUUGCUCUUCUAAGUCAUUCAUCCUCGAUCAUUAAUGAAACCGCCGAAAACGGAUGGAGUGCUCUUAUGUACGCAGCCAGGAAUGGCCACUUUGAUGUAGUGAAGAUGCUUUUGGAGAAAGGGUGCGACAAGACAUCGGUAAACAAAUCUCGACAGACUGCUUUAGAUAUCGCCAAGUUUUGGGGUCACAAACACAUUGUAAACUUGCUCUCAAGUGCUAGAGGUGGAGCAAAGCCUCAUUUUUUGUCAGAUGCUAAAGAGGAGUAUGAGAAUUAUUUCAGCAAGACAUUUCUGGACAGAAGAAGCGAUAAACGGGCAGAUACUAACUGGUUAAAAUCCAAGCACACAGACGCCAGUUCAGUAUACAUCAUUUUUUCCAACCUAGGUCCGCUUGUAUCGCUAAUUGGUACAAAAGAUAGCGCACAAGAGCCAGAAAUCAGGCUCUGCAGACUGCAGCAUGAAGAUGUGGAGGAAUUCUUGUCAAAGCCCGAUGAGGUCUCAUUAAUAUUUCUUGGAGUGGAAACCCAAUUAAAUAAUCCACAUUCAGCAGAACAGGAAGAUGGACUGGUGGCCUGGUUUGCCCUUAAUGUGGAGAAUUUAUCUACAGAUCCGUUUGAAAGAAAAUUUGAAGGCUGCUAUUUCCUUCAACCCCCAAUGCCGACCCUGUUGCAGCUAGUUGGCAUGGAAGCAGGAAUUUUGGCACAAGCCCGCUCUGUCCUUGCCUGGCACAAUCGAUACAAAUACUGCCCGACCUGUGGUGGUAAGACAAUAAUUGAGGAGGGUGGAUACAAGCGGACAUGUGUAGCAGAGGGGUGCCCCAGCUUACAAGGAAUUCAUAAUACAUCAUAUCCAAGAGUGGAUCCUGUGGUGAUAAUGCUCAUCGUUCACCCUGAUGGAAACCAUUGUCUUCUGGGGAGACAGAAGAGAUUUCCUCCUGGCAUGUUCUCUUGUUUAGCAGGCUUUAUUGAACCAGGAGAAACGUUAGAAGAUGCUGUCCGUAGAGAGGUGAAAGAGGAGAGCGGCAUUAAAGUUGGCCAUGUUCAGUAUGUUUCAUGCCAGCCCUGGCCAAUGCCUUCCUCCCUUAUGAUUGGUUGCUUAGGUGUCGCAAUAUCCACAGAAAUAACAGCUGACAAGACUGAAAUAGAAGAUGCUCGUUGGUUCACUAGAGAACAGGUUAUAGAAGCCUUAAUCAAAGGAAACCAGCAACACCUCGUAGUGCCACCAAGGCAUGCCAUCGCCCACCAGUUAAUAAAGCACUGGAUUGGAAUGAAUUCUAACCUAUAGUGGCAUAAAAACAGAGCUUUGUAUCUUAUAAAAAAUUACAAUGUAAUUAUCAAGCGUGUCAAUUUAUAAAGAAAAAAUAUCAUGUGAAUAAUUCUUGUUAAUAAUCCUAAAGCUAUGCUGACAUGCCGUAUUCUGAAUGUAAAAUCCUAUAUAGGUACCUUUGCACCUUGUAAUUCAUAUAUUAAGACACAUCUACAACUUUUCGUGCAGGAUCCAGAAAUUCGGAUUAAAAGAAACCUCAGCAAAAAAUGUUCAAUGUUACUAGUUCAAAAUUGAUUUAUUUGGAUGAACAUGAUAAUUCUGGUAAUAAUGUAUAAUAAUAAUAAUUAUAGAAUUUAUAAUAAAUAUCUGCUGGUAAAGAGUAAACUUCAGUACCUUGGACGGUGUGUUGUUACUGUACAUCUGUAAGUAGGUGAUGCAGCAACUCCUGAACAUUUUGAACACCAUUUCAAAGCUGCAAAUCUCUAGAGCAAUAUCUGUGCAGACAACAAAAAUGGCAGUGGUAAGUGCAAUAUAAGUAAUGCAAUGUAUUUGCUUUACUUUUUAUGUGUGUGAAUUCUGUAUACAGAUGCUUAAAGGGGUUAUCCACCUUAAAGUAAUUUAGCACUUACCUGCUAGACAGUACAGGACAAGCUUAGGAAGGAUCCGGGCUUGUCUUCAGGCUAAAUGGUGUGAGAUUACCUUAAUACUGUGGCUAUCUUUUUAUGAAAUUGCUAUUUCCUGUUGGAGUUUCCUCUAUCCAACUACAAGUCCCAUAAUUCCUUGUUUGUUAGUGUGAGGUCACUUUUCUCCUUCCCACACAUCAGCCACCCCACCCAUUGAAACACACGUUUUCUGCCUUCCAUUCAAUAGAUCAGUGUUUUCUGACCAGGAUGCCUCUAGCUGCUGCAAAACCAGAAUGAUCUCUCUCCCACCCAGUGGUCGCUCCAACCAUUGAAGCAAAGUCAGGCUCCCUUAGCCAUCAGUCAUUUUGUAUACUGUUAAAAAUAAACAUUGGGGCAAAAAUCACAUAAUAAUUGCAAGAUCACCAUAAAAUACAGGUACAGACACUAUAUUAUGAACUACACUAACCAUAGAGCCCCUGUAGCAUAAAAAUAAAUCAUGGAAUAGCCUAUUAAACGUAUAUGGAAGAUCCCUGGAAAAUCUGAAGGUAACCAUUUGUAUGUAUAUACUGUAAUAUGUAUGAUACAUAACGUAAGCCUGAUACAUAUUUCAUCAUUCUCUUCUGCUAGCAUAACUUCAUGCAGCUAUAGGAACUCUAUAUGGAGUGUUCAGUUUAGGCAGGAGAGUAGCUGGCCAUAGGAGAGAUUUGGUUAUGAUAUGUGUCCCAAUGGCAGAGGGGAAUUGUAGUUAGAUUCUGGGCUUGAGCAGGGAAUAAAGUCCUCUCAUGCAUAACAGUGCAAUCUGAAUUAGUUAAAGGGUUAUUCACAACUGUCUUUUUACAUUGUCUGUGCUGUGCACGCUCAGUGCAGCUUUCUGGUUUGACCCUUAGAUGUAUAGGCCAGUCCCAUGGAGUUCAGGCCAGUAACAUACACACUGCCACACCAAUCUCCCAACCUGCCAUCACUUUCCUACUUUGUGCAGAGAGAGGGAAUGGUGUUACCACCAGCCUGACGACUGCUUCUAGGUCUGUAAGCUAUACAAUGAGCUGUCAACAAGGAAAGGGGAAAACAAGCCCAUAUCACUGAAAGGAUGCAAGAAUGUUAAAGGG